AUGUUACAUUCUCCAAGUCUGCUUUCAUUAUUUCCCUAUACAUUUACACUUUCCUCUCUCUCUUUUUCUCUCAAUAUCUUUUUCCUUUCUUCCAGAUUUCAACUUUUCUCUCUUUUUCCUCUCUCUCAAUGUCUUUUUCCUUCCUUACAGAUUUCAACUUUUCUCUCUUUUCCAUCUCUCUUUUUCUCUCAAUAUCUUUGUCCUUCCCUACACAUUUCAAUUUUUCUCUUUUUCCUUCCUUUCUCAUUUCAACUUUUCUCUCUUUUUCCUUCCCUUCUCAUUUUAAAUUUUCUCUCUUUUUCCUCUCUCUCUCUCAAUAUUUUUUUCCUUCCUGACACAUUUCGACUUUUCUCUCUUUUUCCUCUCUCUCAAUAUCUUUUUUCUUCCCUUCUCAUUUUAACUUUUCUCUCUUUUUCCCCCCUCACUAUCUCAGUUACCAAUUCAUUAGAUUUCCCUUUCUUUAUAAAUUCUUUUUUUUCUUUGUUGUAUGUUUUGUCUUUCUCUGGUGAGAUCAACCAACAACCUUCCUCAUCAUGCCCAUCCAUCCCAUACUUCGAAGCAUCUCACGCCAAGUGCAAUUGGGACUCCUUGGCUUUUACAGCUCAGUAA